AUGCUGCCGGGCAGCCGGUGCCCAUCCCGGAGGCACUCCUGCAUCUGCUUUGACCUGGAGAAUGGCCCCCUCGGCAGGGGGGUGCUGGACCCCCAGGCCAGCCCGGGUGCAGGGCUGGUCCUGCAGGGUAGCUUCACCCACGGCCAGCGCCGCGAGUCCUUCCUCUACCGCUCCGACAGCGACUACGACCUGUCCCCAAAAGCCAUGUCCCGCAACUCCUCCAUCGCCAGUGAUCUGCACGGGGAGGACAUGAUCGUGACGCCGUUCGCACAGGUCCUGGCCAGCCUUCGCACUGUCCGGAGCAACCUGACCCAACUCCAGGACCGCCUUGGCAUCAAGCGAGCAUCGAGCAGCAGUUUGCCCUCUGGGAGCAAGGCUGCACCCAGCGAAGAUGCCCACCAGAAGCUCUCACGGGAGACCCUGGAGGAGCUGGACUGGUGCCUGGACCAGCUGGAGACGCUGCAGACCAGGCACUCGGUCAGCGAGAUGGCCUCCAACAAGUUCAGGCGGAUGCUGAGCCGGGAGCUGUCUCACCUCUCUGAGACCAGCCGUUCGGGGAACCAAGUCUCUGAGUACAUCUCCAGGACCUUCCUGGACAAGCAGCACGAAGUAGAGAUCCCCUCGGCGCUGGCCAAGGACAAGGAGAAGGAGCGGCGGAAGCGUCCCAUGUCCCAGAUCAGCGGCGUCCGGAAGCUCACCCACGGCUCCAGCCUCAACGCCGCCGGCAUCCCCCGCUUCGGGGUGCAGAUGGACCGGGAGGAGCUGCUGGCCAAGGAGCUGGAGGACACCAACAAGUGGGGGCUCAACGUGUUCAAAGUGGCCGAGUACUCAGGCAACCGCCCGCUGACGGUCCUCAUGUACAGCAUCUUCCAGGAGCGCGACCUGCUGAAGACCUUCCGCAUCCCUGCCAACACCUUCCUCACCUACAUGCUGACACUGGAGGAUCACUAUCACCCCGACGUCGCCUACCACAACAGCAUCCACGCCGCUGACGUGGUGCAGUCCACCCACGUCCUGCUCUCCACACCUGCGCUGGAGGCUGUCUUCACGGACCUGGAGGUCAUGGCUGCCAUCUUUGCCAGUGCCAUCCAUGACGUUGACCACCCUGGAGUCUCCAACCAGUUCCUCAUCAACACCAACUCGGAGCUGGCACUGAUGUACAACGAUGCCUCAGUGCUGGAGAACCAUCACCUGGCUGUGGGCUUCAAGCUUCUCCAAGAGGAGAACUGUGACAUCUUCCAAAACCUGAGCAAGAAGCAGAGGCAAUCGCUGCGCAAAAUGGUCAUUGACAUGGUGCUGGCCACAGACAUGUCCAAGCACAUGAACCUGCUGGCGGAUUUGAAGACCAUGGUGGAGACCAAGAAGGUGACCAGCCUGGGGGUGCUGCUGCUGGACAACUACUCUGACCGGAUCCAGGUCCUGCAGAACAUGGUGCACUGUGCUGACCUCAGCAACCCCACCAAGCCCCUGGAGCUGUACCGGCAGUGGACCGACCGCAUCAUGGUGGAGUUCUUUGGGCAGGGUGACCGGGAGCGGGAGAGGGGGAUGGAGAUCAGUCCCAUGUGUGACAAGCACACAGCCUCUGUGGAGAAGUCCCAGGUGGGAUUCAUCGACUUCAUUGCCCACCCACUGUGGGAGACGUGGGCUGACCUAGUGCACCCUGAUGCCCAGGAGAUUCUGGACACGCUGGAAGACAACCGGGAAUGGUAUCAGAGCAUGAUCCCACGCAGCCCCUCCCCACCGCCUGAGGGACCCGGAGCAUCCCCUGUCAACGCCGACAAGUUCCAGUUUGAACUGACACUGGAGGAGGAGGCUGAGUCGGACACGGAGCUGGAGGGAGCCGAGAGCCCCUUGGAUGAGGACAACAGCGGCUCCAAGACGCCUGCCACAGAUGACUCAGAGCUGGCUGACACUGAGCAUUUGUCACCUGGCCCCCAGGACAGGGACUUGCCUGCCACCCAUCCCAGGGACGUGGACAACCGACAGGCGCUGGAGGGGACACAGACAAAGGACAGUAGUGGCAGCGGGCGCUUGGUGCCAGGGCCUGAGGGCAGCCAGGGGCUGUGCCUGGACACGGAGGGCAACAUCACAUUCCUGUCCCUGGGCACGUAGCAGCACCAGCUGGUGGGUCCCCUGGCUGCCACGGGGAUGUGGGACUGGGCACUGCCUCAGUAAGGGCUGGGAGCAGUGGAGAGCAUCGACAGCACAGGCACUAGGGCAGCUGCUAGGGCGCAAGGGGACCCAAAGCAUGGCCCUGUGUGAGAGCUGGGCAGGGCCUGAUGGGCACAAAGGAUGCUGCUCGCCAUCUCCCAGUGACUGUCCCCUGCUCCCACCCAGUGUCCCUGUGUACAGCUGCUGGGAGAGGUCCCUUUACCCUUCAGACAGGGUUCAGCAAUGCUGUGCUCCUGCCCCAGCCCAGCCCUGGGGACAUCGUGCCCCACAGGGAGCCAGGCACACCCCCACAGGGCUCCAGGAAGAGGUGACCCACGGGAACCAGGCACAGCCAAAUGCUUUUUGGAAUCUCACUGGGUGGCUCCUCCCCAGGGGACGGCAAGGUGGGAGAAGGGUGCUGGUGGUGGCACCCAGCACAAGGGACCUCAGCGCAGCCAGGCACCGGGGCACAGCGUGGACACGAGUCCAGUGGUUUAUUUAUUUGGGGACAGGUUUCACUUUGUAAAGCCUUUUGUAGCUCACUUUGGAAUCCAAGCCUCACCUCAGCCGUGGCCACGUCUGCGCCUGCCCAGCACUCCACACACUGCCUUUGGGCUUUGCACUGUGACUCUGAGCGGGUGCCGUGCCCCCCUGGGGUUCUUUCCUGUGUCUUCCUUCACCUUCCAGAGAUUAAACCUGGUUUGUU